CAAAAUCAACGUGAUGUUAAUAACGAAUCAAUGGACCACUUUGCUAAAUAAGAAACAACAAAACUCUAAAACGGGAGUGGAGUAGAAGAAGAAAACUACCGAAAAUGAGUCAUAAUCAUGUGUAAUCAUUGAUAAUGCUCAUCACUUUUUUUCUAUGACAAUGCACAAUUUUAAUUAAACGCAUACAAAACAUAUAUACAUACAUACAAACAUACAUCAUUGUCGUCGUCGUAGUCUUCGUCCUUGUCGUCCUCGUCGCCAUUGCAUUUGUCGUCAACAACGCCAUUGUUGUUUCUGCUCCAUCAACAGCAGCAACGACAUUCGACAACCUCAAACCAAAAAAAAACAGGAACAAACAAACAAAAAAAAUAAAAAAUAUCAAACAGACAGACAAAUGAAAUCGUUGCUUUUUUAGUUGUGUGCCAUGAUUAAACGUAAAUGAGGCAGGCAUUCAUUCCGCCAGUCAGUCACAGUCCCAGUUUGAAAAGUAGAAAUCUAGGAUAGAGGAUAGAGAGUGAGAAAAAAAAAAGAAAGAAUAAAAAAAACACAAAAAUUGUGCAAUCACUUGUUCGUGUAAUUGUCAUUAAAUGCAGCUGUUAUUGUGUUUAAUAAAUACGUGCCACAAAUACGCCGUGUUGUCGUCGUUAUCACGUUACCAAUACCACUAAAUGCAGUGGAAGAAGAAGUUUACUCGAUUGAAAGCAGCUACAGGACAUUCGCGUGCGCGAAGAAUGCUUUGUUGUGGACGAAGAAAGGAAAAUGGGAGAUCAGUUCCUGAUGUUACGGCGAGCCCGGGUCGUGCGCCGCCUGGACCCCUGCCAACAAAUCAACUGCAAACGAUGGUUAACCAACAGCAGGCUCAUCAUCAGCAGCAGCAAGCCCAACAGCAACAACAUCAGCAACACCAUCAACAGCAACAACAGAGACAGGGUGGCCCCAAGGACCCGGUGUUGUUGCAGGGUGAUUUCCGUAAAGUAUCGGGAAUUAGUUCGGAGAUCUUUCGCCAGAUAGAAGCUGUUGAAAACGAUCAUGAUCCAAAUACAGCAGCGGCAUUGGAGGCGGUGGAGAGACGUGGUGAGAUGAUUGUUAGAAUAUUAGAGCCUCAUAAUAUUGGUGGUAAACAGGCCGUAGAAGCCGCUCAUAAAUUGUUGUCUAAAAAGGAUAAUAGACAUAUAGUACAGUUGGUAGAAAUAGUUAAAAGGCCGGGACAAACUUUGGGUUUAUACAUACGAGAGGGCAAUGGAGCUGAUCGUACUGAUGGUGUGUUUAUAUCACGAAUUGCUAUUGAAUCGGCGGUAUCAAAUAGUGGCUGUCUUAAGGUUGGCGAUGAAAUAUUGGCUGUCAACUUAGUUGAUGUCACUCAUAUGUCAUUGGAUGAUGUUGUCAUUAUAAUGUCAAUUCCGCGACGUCUAGUCUUAGCCAUAAGACAGCGUUGCGGUAAUCGUGGCACUGGCUCACCUGGGCCGCCUUCACUAUCACGGCCAGAGCAGAAACCUCCACCGGUAGUUGUUAUGAAGCGCGACUUACGAGACGAAGAUUUAGAUGAGACUGAUCACAUGUCCAGAUCCCGUUCAUCACGCGAAAGACGUACAGGAGAUGGUCGAGAGAUGUCCGAGUCCCGUUCCCGAUUAGGUUUAGGCUUAAACAACUAUAGUCCACAGUCGGAGCAAUUGGAUUUGUAUUAUAACACACGCCCCGGUGUGGAACCUCCCAAUUGGGGCUACAAACCACCACCACCUCCAUCAUCUGUAAUAACUGAACAACCGAAAGGUCAUGCAUUUGCGCCUUCACAUGCCUACUACAAGAAUGCUGGUACACUGGAGAGUUUAGCUGAGAAAGUUCAUGCCUUCUAUCCAGGUGCUCCCUCUAGACGAUUGUCGGUGGGAAAUGUACCUCAGAGAGCACGUUUCCCACGUUCCGGUUCAGAUCAGCAUUUGCCUAGAGUGGAAUAUGCCGACUACUCGAAUUCUUUGGGUCGCCACUCACUAUUAAGACCUAGUAUCAAGCCUAGCGGUGCCGGAAAUGUAAUGAUGGCUCCUGGUGGCACUUUGGGUCGUUAUGGUCGCUAUGAUCCUCACACAGCUGCGAAAUAUGGCCCAAGUGGCACACAAUCCUUGACCAGGCGCUCACGACCCAACCUGGAUUAUUCCAGUGAUACAGAGGCUACUGUGGGACAACGUCCCAGUUACUAUUACUACAAUAGACCUGCUAUUGGUAGUAUGCCCCGAGGAGCUUCUGGAGCUGGAACAUCUGUGUUGGGAGGUGGCCCUGAUAUGGCGAAGUUUAACUCACUGCCAAGAGAUCGACCGGGAGUACGUUUGCCCGGCGGCAUACGUUCCAGAAUUGGUGACCGUAUUAUGGAUGAAAACGAUGGGAAUAUAUCAGCACCCGAAUUCAAUGCCAGGCGAGAUCGUGACUUAAGGUCGCGCAUUACUGCCAGCCCUUCAAUAUUCACAUCGGAUGAAUAUCGGGCAUGGCUACGUAGAGCGCCCAGUAGUUCGGCAAUAGCUGAACAAAUGCGUAUGACAAGGGAUUUAUUGUCACAGCCACGGUCACAUCGUUUUUCGUGCAGUGCUGAAAAUAUACAUGAUGCUCUUAGAAAUGUAAGUACUGAAAACAUUUACUCCAGUCGAACUGGUAUACUAGGUGCCGGCACUUUGGACCGACAUCUGGGUAUGCCACGCCCCAUCUCUGCACUGCCAGUACGCUCAAUGUCGUCUCAGCACAUUGGCGGUCCUUCCUCGAUUCGUUCGCCCAGUAUUCGUCGCAUGCGCCAGCUCUUAGAACUAUCCGCUGGGCCUGCAAGCCCCAGUGGUAGUAUAAUGAGCACGGCCGGCCACCAAAGUCCUGCACCUACCCCCAGUGCAACACUGCCACGUUCACAUCGUCAAAUAGAUAUUAAUCCUGCAGAAUUUACCAAAUACAAAUUGGACAAACCCAUAGUGGAUGUCGGUGGUGUUUCGGGAAUGUUGUGGAUUCAUCUUUUAGCGGGCCGUGGCCUACGUUCGGCUCCCGAACUAGGUGCACAGCACGUUGGAGGAGGACCUCAUGGACCAGCGCCUUCACGAGAUCUUUACUGUGUGAUAGAGUGCGAUCGUGUGCACAAAGCUCGCACAGUGGUAAGAUCAGGAGAUUUGCAGUUUGACUGGGAUGAGUCCUUUGAAUUGGACUUGGUGGGAAAUAAACAACUCGAUGUGUUAGUCUACUCCUGGGAUCCCCAACAUCGCCACAAGUUAUGCUAUCGCGGAGCCAUAUCAUUGUCGACUAUACUUAGGCAAUCGCCAUUACAUCAAUUGGCUUUGAAAGUGGAGCCUAGAGGUACCAUUUAUAUACGCAUGCGUCAUACAGAUCCAAUAGCUUUGUAUAAACGUCGCGGAUUACCCAGUUUGCGAGCUGGAUACCCAACAUUAUUUGGUGCUGAUUUAGAGACUGUAGUGAAUCGUGAAUCUAAGGGAGCUCCUGGUAGUGCUCCAGUCCCCAUAGUGUUACGGCGUUGUGUAGAAGAAGUCGAAAGACGAGGUCUCGAUAUUAUUGGUCUAUACCGCUUAUGCGGUUCUGCUACCAAGAAACGUUUACUGAGAGAGGCAUUCGAACGUAACAGUCGUGCCGUGGAAUUGAGCCCAGAACAUGUUCCUGAUAUCAAUGUCAUAACGGGUGUACUAAAGGACUAUCUGCGCGAGUUGCCAGAACCUUUAUUCACCCGCUGUCUCUUCCAAAUGACAGUCGAUGCAUUAGCUGUCUGUCUCCCUGAUGAUCCGGAAGGCAAUGCAAAACUUAUGCUUAGCAUCUUAGAUUGUCUGCCCAGGGCGAAUCGGGCCACUUUAGUAUUCUUACUCGAUCACUUGUCUUUAGUUGUUUCCAAUUCAGAGCGCAAUAAGAUGUCAGCUCAAGCUUUAGCCACCGUUAUGGGUCCUCCAUUGAUGUUGCAUUCAGCCAGUGCCCAGCCCGGUUCAGAUAUUGACCAUGCACAACCCAUUGCCGUGCUGAAAUAUCUCUUGCAAAUCUGGCCACAACCGCAAACACAACAUCAUCAGAGCGCGGUAUCGGUGGGAGCUGCUGGAAAUAUUAUGGGCAGCAUGACUGGUGUGGGUGGUGGUGCAGGUGUUGUUGGUAUGGGAGCCGGAUUAGGCGCUGGUUUGAGUGCGGGCAGUAUGUCAAAUAUGGCCGGUGUUGUUUCAGGUCGGCGCGGCGAGUCAACAGGGCAGCGUGGAAGCAAAGUCAGUGCGUUGCAAGUGGACAGGCAGGCGCUUCUAUUGCAGCAGCAGGCGCAGCUCAUGGCGGCGGGCAAUCUACUACGCUCGUCCACUUCGGUAACCAACAUACUUUCUCAAGGCCAACAUCAGCUCUCAGCCACAGUCAACAAUCAUCUGUAUCAAUCAGUAGUGGGUCAGUUAGCUCAAUCGCAUCGAGCCUUGCAACAAGCGGUGCAACAGCCCCAUCAAUUGGUGGACUCAGUGGUCUCAGCAAUUCCCGACCAAUCGCCACUGCCACUUCCAGGCACACCCUCCCCCGGCAGUAGUUCAGCAUCGACCGGAUCAGGAUCGGGUUCAGGUAAAAGCACUGAUACCAUUAAACGCGGUAUUUCACCAUCAUCCGUUAAACAGAUCAACAUCCAGGAAUCGGUCAGUUCUUAUUCACUCAGUCAAAGGAAACCCGAUAAAGAUUACUCCAGUGACGAUAAAACGUCCAUGCAUUCAUCCAUAACCAACAGCACCAACAUCAUCCAUAAUAACAAUCAACAGUAUGCUGCAUCAACAUCAUACAAUGCUGCAGCAACGGCAACAGCAACCAAUCGCAAAGGAGUUGAUUUCUAUGAACCGCACAAAACUCAGACCAAAAACGACGACGACAAUAAUGGUGUGGGGAGCGGCGGCAACAAUAAAUAUGGGGAUUCCGCGUUUAAACUACGCUCAGCGUAUACGACUGCAGCCACAGCGGGCGAAAGGCCAACAGCAACUUUGUCCACCGAGGACUACAAAGCAAUGCGUAACAAAUCCAGUACAACAUCAUCGUCAUCAUCAUCACAGGCCACCGUAUUGAGUGCCGGUUCGACGGGCACUUCGGCCACAACCACCUCCUCAGAUGACUCGGAUGAUUUGAUCUCGUACAAAUCAUCGGCAUCGACAAAUGCCUUGCUGGCCCAGUCACAAGCCAUGACUACCACCCAGUUAAUGUCCAAGUAUUUGAAGCGAGAACCUCGUGUACAGUUCACACCCAUCAAGUCACCUGAUUCUCCUUCACCUCCCGGUAGCGACACUAUACCCCGUGGCACUUAUCAUCUGACCAGCGGCAGUAAGGCGGGAGUGGGCAAAUACAAUGUGGAAAAAUCGGAAAAAACAUCGUCACCGUCUAGACAAGUAAGUGGUAGUUUAAGAGAAUCCUCAUCGACUGCAGUAUCGUCAUCAUCUUCAUCAUCGUCAUCCGGAUCCUCAUCGAUUGUUUCGACAGGCCGCCGGCUGUUCGAUAGCUUGGCCUCCGAACAUGACUCUGGCCGUUCGACAUUAGCAACAUCCACCACAUCAUCUGCAACAACAUAUAAUAAUGACAUUAGAAACAGUUUAGCAAGUAGUAGUCAUAUUAGCAAUAAGUCAAUGACAAGCUCAGAGCAACAGCAACAGCCACAGCAUCGUUCAUAUGGUAGCAGUCUGUUCAGUACGAACGGCACGAAUGGCACACACACAAGUGCAAUGCAUGUGUAUGGCACUCUACCCAAACAUAGUUCGGGUAAUGGUGGUGGUAGUGGUAGUAUAUCCGGUGCUACACUAUUUAAUACAUCUUCCUCGGCAGCCUCAGCCGAAGGAAGAGGCACUGGCUAUACUUCAGGAACAUCGACAGCUACUGGUACGGCCAGCAGUAGUGGGGUUAGUUCAAUGACCGGUUCUACCAGUAGUUAUGAUUUCUAUACCAACUCCAAUGCCUCUUCAUCCUAUUCAAAUUCUAGCUCUAUGUACGCCACUACAUCUAGGCCUUAUAGUAAUGGCACCUCUGCGGCCACCUCUUCGACGGGUAAUAGUAAUGGUGCUGGCAAUUACCACACUUUAGGUACGUAUCGUGUUCAAUAUGCCGCAACCAAUCCAUUUUUAGAUGCAUUUGAUGUGCCUAGUAAUGGUAGUGCUAGUGGUGGUGCUAACGGUGGUAGUGGUAGUAGUGGGGUUGGUGGUGCUGGUAACAAUGGUUCCAAUAAUGAUCAUCAUCAUCAUCAUCGUUCAUCAGCUAUGGCUGCUUUUCAUUCAGGCGAAUCGAAAAACGGCAGUGAUGAAUAUGAUGAUUUAAAAUAGGCAGGCACACGUAAAAUACUACAUACAGACUUGUCAGACAACAAACACAACACCCAACAUUUUCAUCUAGUCAAAUCGUAAAUAAAUUUUCAUUAAA